AUGAUGCUUAAAGAUAUGGAAAUGAUGGAACAGAAGCAGAAGACUCUAUCUCAAAGGAAUAGUUGCCCGGAACAUCCUGCUGAUCCAAUUUCAUUUCGUACCAGCGUAGUUGACGAGAUGAGUAAAAUGGAUGGAUUGCGAGAGGUCAAUUGCCUCAUUGUAUUGAUGAAUAACCCCUUCAUGCAUUCACUCUUACCCGUCUUCAAUCGUCUCAUUACAUUACUUGUGCUUCUAUUUCUAUUACUUUUAUUACUACCAUCGCUUAUCAUUGCCGCUACUAUUACUACUACUGCUACUACUACCGCUGCUGCUGCUAUUAUUGCAACUACCUCAACAAUUGGAACGAAGACAACUCUAUGA